GCAGCCCCCGAAGUGGUGGUGGUGGUGGGCGUCGUGGCCAUGGCGGCGGCGAUCGCCAGCUCGCUGAUCCGGCAGAAGAGGCAAGCCCGCGAGCGCGAGAAAUCCAACGCCUGCAAGUGUGUCAGCAGCCCCAGCAAAGGCAAGACCAGCUGCGACAAAAACAAGUUAAAUGUCUUUUCCCGGGUUAAACUCUUCGGCUCCAAGAAGCGGCGCAGAAGGAGACCAGAGCCUCAGCUUAAGGGCAUAGUUACCAAACUGUACAGCCGACAAGGCUACCACUUGCAGCUGCAGGCCGAUGGAACCAUUGAUGGCACCAAAGAUGAGGACAGUACUUUCACUCUGUUUAACCUCAUCCCUGUGGGUCUUCGAGUGGUGGCCAUUCAAGGAGUUCAAACCAAGCUGUAUUUGGCAAUGAACAGCGAGGGAUACUUGUACACCUCGGAACAUUUCACACCUGAGUGUAAAUUCAAAGAAUCGGUGUUUGAAAAUUACUAUGUGACGUAUUCGUCGAUGAUAUACCGUCAGCAGCAGUCAGGCCGAGGGUGGUACCUGGGUCUGAACAAAGAGGGAGAGAUCAUGAAAGGCAACCACGUGAAAAAGAACAAGCCUGCAGCGCACUUUCUGCCCAAACCACUGAAAGUGGCCAUGUACAAGGAGCCGUCUCUGCACGAUCUCACGGAAUUCUCCCGAUCUGGAAGCGGGACCCCCACCAAGAGCAGAAGUGUCUCCGGCGUGCUGAACGGAGGCAAAUCCAUGAGCCACAAUGAAUCAACGUAGCCAGUGAGGGCAAAACAAGGGCUGUAUAACAGAACCUUACCUCUAGGUGCUGUUGAAUUCUAGCAGUCCUUCACCCAAAAGUUCAAAUUUGUCAAUGACAUUUACCAAACAGGCAGAGUCCACUAUUCGAUCUGCCAUUAGCCCUUUAUAUCAUCCAUACUUAAGCCCCCUAAUUUAGAUUGAGCUUGUGCCAAAGAUUGCCAAGCAUUAACAGUGAACUAAAUCCGGGAGAAGGACUGUCCAAUUUUCUCAUCAUUUCAC